UCUAUUCAAUGUGAUCCGCAUUGUUCAAAACACGCGUAUCAGAAGCGAAUGCAAAUAAUUCACGAUACCGAGUCGCUUCACAACACUUGUAAAAUUAUCGGCUAACCAGCCGGUUUCAACAUUGAUUUAGCGCUGGUCGUGCGCGAUAUGCUCGCACAAAGUCACGCAUUAUUCAGUUUGGUACAAACCUGCACCCUUCUGAAUGUAAUUAUAAUCUCCCUCUUGACAGUACUUCCGCGCUCGCGAUACAACAUGCGAGAUAAAACAAGAGAAACCAGGCCAAGCGAAAGGAUACCAGCGUCUUAUCGUGAUACCGCCAGAACUUAAAAAGGAGUCUCCAUCCUGGGGCACCAGUGAUUUAAUUACUACCGCGUCGUUCGCGGUUUUAAUGCGUGGUCUGCGCGGCUUGCGAUCGAUGUCCCUUGCUUAUUAUAGCGAAGUUGAAUGUCAGUAAGAUGUUACCGAGUUUAGUGUCGAAACAAGUCUUCGUUCUUGUUGUACUGCGAUAUUUCGCGUACUCGAUGCAACAAUGGGACAGCGGUUUGCGCCAAAGAUACGACGGUUACGGAGAGGACUGGAUAUUCAUGCCUGAUGGCAACGGGCAGCCCCAAGUAGCAGUGUUAAAGAUCCAAGACAACGAAAGGAGUGGCGUACUGGACUACUCGGAAAUAGCCUACAUAAUCUACACUCGAUCUAAUCCGAAACAAGGCACCCGGGUGGUUCUAAACAACAGCACGAAUCUCGCUGGCUCCGACUUCAAGUCCUCGCGAAAAACGAAAUUUAUAACUCACGGAUGGAAGUCGAGCGCCAUGAGCGCCGGACUUUUGAACAUGAAAGACGCUUUUCUCACUCAUGGCGACUACAACGUUGUCCUCGUGGACUGGGAACCCUUGGCCGCGAGCACAUUUUACUUGGGCCCGAUGCAUAACACCGUAAGAGUCGGGACUGACGCCGCCAAGUUCAUAGACUUCUUAGUGAAAGAGACUGGGCUGAAAACAGAAGACGUUCAUUUCAUUGGUCACUCCCUCGGGGCACACGUAGCAGGAAAUGCGGGUGGUGCGACGAGUUAUGGGAAAUUGAGCAGAGUAACGGGUCUGGAUCCGGCGCUGCCGGGCUUCCACAUGCUCGCCUCCGAGAAAACUCGGUUGGAUCCCACGGACGCGGCGUUCGUCGAUGUCAUACACUCCUGCGGGGGUGUAUUAGGCUUUCUUCAACCACUGGGAAAAGCAGACUUCUACCCGAACGCCGGUACGGCGAUCCAGCCCGGAUGUUGUUGCGUCCCUGAGAUAGUGGGUAAAGUAUCUAUCUCUGUCACUAACGCGGAUUCUCGUUCAACAAAAACAUCCGACUCUUUCCAUCAUUCUAGAGGCUUGCAGUCAUGGACGGUCAUACGUAUACUUCACAGAAAGUAUAAAUUCGAAAACCGGACUGCCGGCUCGGAAAUGCGACAGUUGGGACUCGUAUAUGACCGGCAAAUGCGCCGAUUCAAAAGUAGUGCUCAUGGGAGAGCACGUCGAACGCACCGCCGAGGGUCUAUUCUUUCUCAGGACGAGAUCGGACCCGCCUUACGCGUACAUACCAGAAGUAACCAGCAACAGUGUGUCUAAUUGAUAUACA